AUGCCUCCAUGGACGCUCUCAUCUCUUCAGCUCUCGAAGAAAUCUGUUACCAUGGUCCCACCGGAGUCUCUCUCUUCUCUCUGGUCGACGCUAAAGCCAAAACCUUCUCCUUCAGUCAAAGCCUCUCUAUGGACAAACCUACAAUCAAUACCUUCUCUUCAAUUCACUGUUCCUGGGAGCGACCUGCCGCUUAGCCCCAAUGAAUACAACAUCAAGCGUUUUGAAGACGCCGAGAAGCUCGAUUUGAAAAUAGUAGCCAAAGAGCAUCUUAGGGAUUCCUUUGUUGGUCUUUACGACACUCCGUCUACUGGAAUUUCUUCCAAUCAACGCAAUGCUCUUAAACGACUUGCCGUUGCUAGAGGGAAUGGAAUUACGCAAAACGCACUGGCGAAGGACUUGAAGAUAGAAAAUAAUAACUUUUUUUAUGUAGUGAGAAGUCUAGAGUGCCGAGGGUUGAUUGUGAGGCAACCUGCGGUUGUGAAGAUGAAAGAUGUGAGUGUCACUACCAACUUGUUGUAUUUAUACCGUCACGCAAAGCAUUUAGGCAUUCAACAGAGGUUUGAGAUCAAUGAGGAAUGCGUGGAGGAAACUAAUGUACAUAGGGAUGGUUUUGAUGGAGAGUCUUCUUCUAAAGACAAUGUGCUCGUGAGGGAUUAUUUACCGGCUAUGAAGGCCAUUUGUGUCAAACUUGAAAAAGCCAAUGACAAGGUCCUUGUCAUUUCAGAUAUCAAACGGGAUCUUGGUUACAGUGGAAAUAACGGACACAGAGCUUGGAGAAAUAUAUUGCGUAGGUUGAAAGAUGCCUGUGUGGUUGAGGAGUUUGAAGCUAAAGUUGAUGGGAAGGUUGAGUGUUGCCUACGUUUGUUACAAAAGUUUUCCCCUAAGAAUUUUGAGUCCAAGACUCGUGGAUGCGGCGAAGAUUGUGACAAUGAAGUGCUGGUGAAAUUUGGGAAAAUGACUCAACAAACUGACCAACUUGUAGAACUUUCCCUUGACCAGCAAAUUUAUGAUUUGAUUGAUGCUGCAGGAUCCAAGGGGGUUACUUUUACAGAGGUGGGCAGUGGUUCUUCUACUACUCUUAUUGAUUUUGGUGUAGCUCUGCAGGCAGAAAUCAACAAAAGAACUCCAGAAUAUAGAGUUUGGACUGCUGGAAAUUCAAAUUCUAACACACCAAAUGCAGUUCUUUGUAAAUCCAAAACUGUACUUGGCGACAAUAAUAUUUCUGAUUUGAAUACUAGCAAUAUUGAUAUUCCUGGCAGACCUGAUGAAGAUUUAUUAGAGUACGGUAAUUCAACCUUGGCAGUUUGUUCUGCUACGUCUAAAAAACUGAAUGAUGAGAAAAUUGAUACAGAUGUUUGUAGUGGCUCACCCGAGGAUGGUAAAACCAACAAUAUGGACCUCUGUCCUGGAAAUGUUCCAGACGCACUCCACAGGCCAAGAGGUACAGCUUCCAAUGCAGAACUUAAUUUAGAGAGCACACAAAUGGAACCAGAUGCUGCUCCAUCAGUUAAAACGCCACCAACUUUGUCCAUGCCACCUCAUUCUGGAUCCUCUCAGACACAUCCGCAUGCGCCUUUAACUGCUGAUAGCGCCUUAAGGGAGAAGAAAAUUCUUGAAUGGUUACAGGAAAAGGUAUUCAUUUUGAGAACCGAGAUACAUAAGUGGCUUAAGAAUCUUGAAGACAAGGGUACAACCAUUGACAGGAAGACUAUUGAUCGAAUUUUACGCAAGCUUGAGCAGCAAGGGCAUUGCAAGUUGCAGCACAUUAUGGUCCCUGUUGUCACAAACUGUUCCGGAACUCGUGUCAUCCUAGUGGUUCUGCACCCUUCUGUUCAAGGUUUUCCUCCUGAACUAAUGGGUGAGAUUCACGAUAGAUUGAGGGCUCUUGAAAAGCAAAGUCGUGGCGAGGGGACAUCUAGGCUGAAGAUUAAGGAAUCAGUUCCUGUGUUAAAUAGUGUAACAAGAACUCAGAUCCAUGCAAGUUCAGAAGAAAAGACUGCUAAAUGGGAAGCCAUGCGAGCCAAUGGGUUUGUGUUUGCAAAAAUGGGCCGUGCUCGGCUGCUGCAUAUUUUUUUGUGGAAUCAUCUAAGUAGUUUGUCCGAAUGGAAUGAUGAUUUAUCAUCUGGGUCCCUUUCAUGUACUUACAAGUUGUUUGAAUUUGAGGCUGUUAUUGAUGCCAUUCCAAUUGAGCUAUUCUUACAGGUGGUAGGAUCUGCUCAAAAGUAUGAUGAUAUGAUUGAAAAGUGCAAGAGGGGUUUGCGUCUCUCUGAUGUUCCUGUUGAAGAAUACAAAAAUCUGAUGGAUACUAGGGCCACUAGCAGACUGUCCUUGAUCAUUGACAUUUUACGACGAUUGAAGCUUAUUCGUUUAGUACGUGAUGGGCAUUCAGAGGAUGGAGUAAAGGUUCCACAUGCGACAUCCAGACAUGCAAUGGAGCUGAAACCUUAUGUUGAAGAACCACUAUCAAUAGUGACAAUAUCUAAUUUAAGAUCUCUCGACCUUCGUCCAAGAAUAAGACAUGAUUUUUUCCUGUCAAACAGACAAGCUGUUGAUGAGUAUUGGAAAACUCUGGAGUACUGCUACGCUGCUGCUCAUCAAAUAGCUGCUAAACAUGCCUUUCCUGGAUCUGUUGUACCUGAGGUUUUCCAUCACCGGUCAUGGGCCUCCGUUCGAAUUAUGUCUGCUGAUCAGCGUGCUGAGCUCCUAAAACGGAUAGUGAAGGAUGAUCUCAGCAAAACUAUUUCAUACAAAGAGUGUGAAAAGAUUGCAAAGGAUCUUAAUUUGACUUUACAACAGGUGCUUCGUGUCUAUUAUGAUAAGCACCAUCAUCGUCUUAAUAGAUUUCAAGGUAUUGUAAAUGCGAGUAAGGAGUAUCAGCUGCCAAAAAAGAAACAGCCUUCAUCUUCUAAGAAAAGAAAGAGAUCAUUAGGAUCUAGCUCAAUAAAGCGUGGUAGAGCUGAUAAUAUAAAUGCACAGUUUGACAAGCAAGGGCUUAGCAAAUUACCCGAUACUGUUGACCAAUUCAUGGUAGAAAAAGAUCUUUCUUCUUCUGAACAUGAUCAUUGGCCAGAACUCCAGGCCGAUGAUCAUCUCAAUACUUUGGAAGGACCAGGACCAUCUGAAGAUGAGGAUUGUUCCUUAAUCAACCAUUGUGCAUUUUCAAAGACGAAGCCAACACGCAGACCCAGGUUUUCAUGGACAGAUGAAGCAGAUAGGCAAUUAGUGAUCCAAUAUGCAAGACAUCGUGCAGUUCUUGGGCCAAAAUUUCACCGUGUAGAUUGGAAUGCACUUCCUGAUCUACCAGCGGAACCAGGAAUUUGCUCAAGAAGGAUGUCAUCCCUGUUUAGGCAAAACGCAAGAUUUAGACCAGCUCUAAUGAAGCUCUGCAACAUGCUUGGUGAACGCUAUGCAAAGCACCUGCAGAAAACCCAGAACAGGUUUAAUAACAAUGAAAGCAGAGGUCUUUUGCGAUGCUCUGCCAGGGAUGAUCUUGAAUGCAAGUUCUCCAAUGUUGAUGAAUGUGAUGAAGAAGCAGGUUCUGAAGAAGAGCGUUGGGAUGAUUUUAAGGAAAAAAGUAUUAGAAAAGUCAUAGAGGAUGCUUUCCACUGCAAGCAAAUGAGUAAAUUGCAGAUCUCUAAGAGAGUUGGACCUGCCUCUGAAGAAUUGAGUGAUUUAAACUCAAAUGUUUCAGGACACAAUCAAAUGGAGUCUGAAUCGGUUCUGUCAAAUGCUCCCAACGAGGACAGGCAGAAACUUGGCAUUGGAAAACGAAAAGAUUCUGCACGAAAAUCAAGGCAAUAUCAUUUUCAUCAGAAGUUUACUAAGCUUUCAAACGAAGGGACUAGUGCUAGUAGACAAGUGCACAAGUCUUUGGCUAUUUCUAAUGCUGUAGAACUCUUGAAGCUUGUCUUCUUGAGCACCUCAACAGCACCAGAGAUGCAAAAUCUUUUGGCAGAAACAUUACGACGUUAUUCUGAACAUGAUCUGUUUGCAGCUUUUAGCUACCUCAGAGAGAAGAAAAUCUUGAUUGGGGGCAGUGGUGGUCAACCUUUUGUGCUAUCUCAACAGUUCCUGGCCAGUGUUUCUAAAUCUCCAUUUCCAUCUAAUGCUGGAAAGAGGGCUGCUAAACUUUCCAGUUGGUUUCAUGAAAGAGAAAGGGAAAUUGUGGAAGAAGGGGUUGAUCUUACUGCAGAUUUGCAGUGUGGAGACAUUUUUCAGUUGUUUGCUCAAGUUUCUUCGGGCGAGUUGUCCAUUUGUCCAUGCAUGCCAGUUGAAGGUGUGGGAGAAGCCGAAGACCUAAGAAGCUUGAAACGCAAAGCUGAGGAAGACGGUUUUUUUGAUGGUGAUAAGGGCAAAAAAUUGAAAUCACUGGCAGAUAGUGAGCUUUUUUCUCGCCGAGAAAAGGGCUUUCCCGGUAUAGUGGUGUCUGUGCAUCGUGCAGCAAUGCUAACCAUUAAUUCUCUAGAUUUGCUCAAAGACAGGGAGACUUGUAGAGGUGAAAUUUGUUGGAAUGAUAUGCUUAAUGCUGCUUUAGAUCAGGAAAUCAGUGGCAGUUCAUCUUGUAGCAAAAAUGAGCAGGAAAUUCCCAAUUUUGGCAGUGCAAUCCCUACCGCAGCAUGGUCCAGCAUGUCACCUUGGGAGGCUAUGACAUGCUAUUUGGAAUAUCUGGUUUCAAAACCUUAUGAUCGAUUUCAAAUGAAUCCUGAUGUCCUUAGGACCAUUUAUGCUGCUAUUCAGAAGGCUGGUGAUCAGGGUUUGAACAUGGAAGACAUUUCCCAAGUUACAGGAGAAAUUAUGGAUAUGCACAUCAUUGAUGUUCUCCAGGCAUUUGGACGAGUUUUGAAGGUCAAUGCUUACGAAUCUGUUCGCGUUGUUGAUGCAUUAUAUCGCUCCAAGUACUUCCUUACCUCACUGGCUGGCUCUCGUCAAGAUCUUACAACACAUUCAGCGACAAAGUCCUUAGAGACGAUUGAUGAUGGCCAUCUAACUUUUCAGCCUGAAAAUCACAAUGUAGUUGGUACUAGUUCACAGAGGGAAGUGGUCAUGGGUAAUCAUGACAUGCACAAAGUUACAAUUCUUAAUCUUCCCGAAGACUUUGUGGCGAUGAAUGAAGCCCAAAAUAGCAUUGCACAUGAAAGCCAUUUACAAGAAAAACUAAUUUCACCAGAACAGGUUAUUGAGGGGGAAACCUUUUCUGGUGAAAUAUGUAUGCCAAUCUUGCCAUGGAUAAAUGGAGAUGGGGCUAUCAAUAAAGUUGUCUACAAUGGACUUUUACGUCGUAUUCUUGGUACUGUGAUGCAAAAUCCUGGUAUAAUGGAGGAGAAUAUUAUACACCAUGUUGAUGUAUUAAACCCCCAGAGCUGUAGAAAUCUGUUGGAGUUAAUGGUUUUGGAUAAACACCUUAUUGUGAAGAAGAUGCAUCAAUCUACAUCAAGUGGGCCUCCUGCCAUAUUGGGAACCCUCCUUGGAAAUAGCUUCAGAGAACCAAAGUUGGUAUACCGUGAGCAUUUCUUUGCCAAUCCCAUGAGUGCAUCCCUGCUGUAG